AUGCUAAACAAUGGCAGAAGAAGGGCUUUGAUUAUUCCUUUAGGCUUGAAGGAAGGGAGUGGCAAGCAUUUACUAGAGUAUUGGGAAAUGUCAUUACUGGUGUUGUGUGUGAUCUGCCCAGCGAGUUUGGGAACAGGGAAUGGGCUAAGAGAAGAAGAGAGAUGGAGAUGCACAGUGGUUUGUAUAAGAGGGCGUUUAUUCAACCCCUGGAAGUCCAUCCAGAUUUCCAUUGGUAAUGCCCAGAAUAUGGAGACCAGUCUUUGUAGGGCUAUAUUGUCUGAAGCCUCUAAGGAAGACGAGACUGGGGUUGCUAAAGGGGUUUCUCUCGCUGAAGCAAAUAAUAUGAAGAUUGAUAAUGGGGGGUCAAAACGCGAUGACGAGGGUAAUAGCGAUGAUUGUGACAGUCUUAGAGAAGAAUUUGUCGCUAGUGGUGAAGGUGCCGAUGAAGAGAAGCAGAAGAGAAUGUGUUUGGAGGUUGAUGAGGGCUACUAUCAUAUUCAGAGCGUUGCGAUUUACUCGGAUGAAAGCGACAAUAGCUCUAUGGACUUAUUGCAACGUUGUGACAUUGGAUGUUGA